AUGUUAAAUUGUGUUUACUGUGUAAUUUUAAGCCGAUUUCUUGAGUCGGUUUAACAUAUGAUUUAGAAACUUUUAAUUGCUGCAUGUGUUGAUUUGCUGAAUAAUACACGAGUUUUUUUAUGGGUUCCAAACUGAAGGCCUACUUUUUUUGAUAGAAUUUUGUACAGCAGACCUCGUUCCGGCGUAUGUUAAAGGUUCGCAGUUGUUAGUAGGUUUAACCUGUGCUGGAAGAGGAUAUGUCGGACCGGGAAAGUGGAGAUGACCAACCGCAGGGGCAAAUGUCAUAUUACUCUAUCAUGAAGUGACAGACGUACAGCACAGCUGCCUACCGGUCUCACAGAUACUUCAGAUCUUCAGAACAAAAUUUGCUGGGUGGGAGUGGUAUUUCAAGUCUAGGAUUCCACCAAAUUCAGACCAUGUCUGUGAUUUCCAGCAAGACAUGUUGCACCUAAUCAACAGAUCUGCUUCAGACAAGUAUGGACAAUCUGUUGGUAUGGAAACAAGUGGAAGCACCGACUUUGACUCAGGCCAGCAACAACAAGGAGAACAAGAGCUUGCAACGAAAAUGCUCCUGAUACAGUCAAAGAGAUUUUAUUUGGAUGUGAAGCAAAACAGAAGAGGAAGAUUUAUAAAAGUAGCAGAAAUUGGUGCAGAUGGAAGACGGAGUCAGAUAUAUUUGGCCCUUUCAACAGCAGCGGAAUUUAGAGAUCAUUUAUCAACAUUUAGUGACUAUUAUGCAUCUUUAGGCCCUCCAAACCCAGAAAAUGUACCAGAAGAUGGAAAAUUAAAGUCAGAAAUGAUGAUAAAAGAUAACAGACGAUACUACCUAGAUCUUAAGGAAAAUUCUCGUGGACGGUUUUUAAGGGUGUCUCAAACAAUCACCCGAGGUGGUCCACGUUCUCAGAUAGCUAUACCAGCACAGGGAAUGAUUGAAUUUAGAGAUGCAUUAACAGAUCUUCUGGAAGAAUUUGGAACUGAUGAUGGAGGAUUCAAAGGAGAACUCCCAGAAGGAAGGCACAUGCGGGUUGAGAAUAAGAAUUUCUAUUUUGACAUUGGUCAGAACAACAGAGGAAUCUACAUGCGGAUCUCUGAAGUGAAGACUAAUUUCCGGACAGCUAUCACAGUUCCAGAGAAGUCCUGGGCACGAUUUAGAGAUAUAUUUGCAGAUUACUGUGAAAAAAUGAAGGAAGGUGGUGAGAAAGUGUCUGUAGGUGGUGGAUCAGAAGGUGGACCUAACACGAAGUGAGGUUUACCUUCCUCCUAGGGUGCAUUCAAAAACACUUCCAUCCAAUGAAUCAAGACUCCAGAGAAAGGAAAGCAUAGAUUGUCUUCAAAUUUAUGGAAUUCCAUAGGUGAUUGUAAAAGUUUCUGGAUUUUCAUGCAAGAUGAUUAGUAAAAGUUUGAGUAUGUAUAAAUAAGCAAGAUUUAUGUCCAGGAGAAACAGUGAACACUUUUGCAGAUGGCCCUAGAGAGUAAUGAGCAGAUUAUGUAUAACUAGUUGAGUUUCACAAAUUUGAUGUACUUGGAGUGGGUAAGGUUUUAUGAAGAAAUGUUAUAUUGCCAAAUUGACUUCGAAUCUUAAUUUACAUCAUUAAUGGAACAGAGGAAAUAGUUUUUUUUUAAUUUAUUUGCUUGAGAUUAUAUCAUUUAUGAUGAGAGUGUAAAAAAAAAAGCUGAAAAACCACAAAAAAAAGAUUAUGGAGUUAGUUAAAUGGGUGGAGGAAUUAAGCUGAAGGAAGCUGAAUGAUUGCUUUUUUGUGUAGAAAGGUUAUAGAUGGAAGUUGUAUAUCAAAUUAUUAUGGAAGUAUAUUUCUUUGGAAGUUCACUAAUUUGUAAAUAGUAUAUGGAACAGAAUGACAAAGGACAAAGAGAGUCUCUGAGCACUGUUAGAGGUCUGUUGCUUUAUUUCUGUUAAUAGGUACUGUUGUUUGUUGUUUGAAUCAGAGUUAAAGGUUACUAGUUAGUAAUGAGUUGCGAGUCUAUAAAUCUUGACAGAAUUCAGAGACAAUGUGGUCAGCUGAUUUAGAAAGAGCAUUACAAAGAAAGUGAUAUCAGAAAGUUUCAUAUAUUAAACAAUGUAUGAAAACUAGUUUAAAGUUAAAAUGACGCUUUCCAGUAAUUUUACACAUGUAAACAGCAUUAGAAGAUUAUUAUAAAAUGUUAUUAAGUUAAAUGUUAUGAUGCAUAAAAAUUUUAUUGAAUUGAUACUGAAAGAAAUUUUAAUGUGAAAUAUUUGUGGAGUUAUUGUUAACCACACUUUAUUUUUUAAUAAAGUUUGUAAAUUACUACAAGAGUACCAGUUGUAAUCCAAUUUGGUCGUAUAUAAAAUUUUGUUUGCAGUUAACUGUUUUAUCAGUGACCUUCCAGGCAUCAGUUUUCUUCUGUUAAGACAUAGUAACAGUAAUGUCAAAUAGUUUAGCCAUAAUAGUUUGGUUUUCUCUAUAUUUAAAAUUUUAUUGCUACAAUAUCAUUGUGGAAAGUGGGUACAAACGUUUGAUUUUCACAUAACUUAGUUACAUGGGAACUUGAGGACUCAGAAGGCUGUGCCAUAUUUCUUUGAAGUAGGGUGUCAAUUACGUUUUGUCACAUCUGAUUACACAUUGGCAUUAUGAUAAUUGCUUUAAAAGUGAAAUGUGCAGUGAUAAGCCAUUGUGAGAAGACCGUGCUCUUCAACUUACAUUUCCUUCAUCACAAUAAACUUACUAUCUCAUUGCUUAAUGUACUGUCAUGUUGGAUAGCUGUUGCGAAGAGUGAUAUUGAAACUAUUUUCAGACAAACUGAAGUGAUAAGUGUUGCAGCCUGGUGCUGUAACAGGUUUAGUAUUCAAGAAAUUUGGAUUUAGGUUUAGCUGUUGCUUUUUUAUGGUUCAGCAGGCAUGGGAUUUGUAGUUUACUGAUUUAGUGUUGGAACUUUUCUUGUGGAUUGUUUUUGACUAUUGAGGAAACAGUUAGUUUGAGGUUGAACUAUGCAUCUGUCUCCUCAUACUUGAUUCUUUUAAAACAUACAGUUAUGUUUGUUGAACUCUGAUUUUGGAUUCAAAUAAAUAAUUAAUAUUUUGGAGUGACUAA